CUCCGAGCUCGUGAGAUGGGAACACACGUGACACAUUUAAUUGCUCCGGAAUUUUUGAUUGAGCGAGCAAGAGAAUAAAAAACAUAUCUAUAGAUCUGAGUGUGACGAUAUUUUUUCUUCAACACGUUUCGAGUAUUCCGUGCUUGCUAUUAUUAUCCUAUUUCCAUUAUAGCUAUUGAAUUGUGGACGAUUGCCGAUUAAAUGUUUCGUUAUUGCGAUCAAGGCCGUGUGAAUUUUCCGAUAAUACUUGAACUUGCUUGCCGGUGGGAACAUUUAAACUGCAAAAUGCUUAAUUGUUCGUGACUCCAAUUGACGACCUCAUUCAGCCCGAAUUUGUAAUUACACGUGUUUUUUUUUCCGUCAACUAUGUAUUCGCAUCGAGUGUCAACGACUUUAUUGCGUCAUUUGAAUUCUAAUAUUCCACAAAACAGCACGAGCAAUGUGUUGUUUUUAGGACAUUGUAGAUUUUACGGUAAAUUUGGUGGUUAUGGAAAACAAAUAAGUAUUUGGUUCGGUGAACAGAGUGCUCAAGUAGUUCGUUCGUGUGCUCGACAAUUUGAAUUUAUUGCUGCUCAACGCGUUAGACGUGGAAUACAACUAUUCAAUCUUUACUCCAAAAUUUGGGAUGAAGUUGCCCUCAAGGAAUUCAUGAAAUCUUGGAGACGCAGAAUCGGACGUAAUACUCGGGAAUUUUUUAUUAGCGCGGUCGGUGUUACCGUGUACAAUUGGAACGGUGAAAGAAUAUCUGACCAAGAACUCCACAGUUACUCCAAAGAGAUUGAAGGAAUUUAUAAGUUGAGAGAUGCCACCGUUGUCUGUGAAAAAUGCCAUUUGCGAUUGGUGGUAGACACUGCUCAGGCUGGAGUGAAAUAUUGUACGUGCCACAGUGCUAAACCAACUUUUGCUUCUUCAACCCAAACAGGAACUGAAUGGCAGCCUUUUAUCGAGAGAAAAGAUAUGCUGGUAUGGCGGAAGGAAGAGCCCAAUUCUGGUGGUUUGUACGUUUAUAAAGUAUUUGGCUCGUUUGCGGAUGUAUCGGCAGAAGAUUUUCUCCAAGUUCAGGUCGACGUUGACUACAGAAAAGAAUGGGAUCCGACAGCAAAAAGAUUGGAGAUCAUUGAUUCUGAUCCACGAUCAGAAGCAGAAAUGGACCGACAGAGCGACGUCGUAUACUGGGAAAUGGAAUGGCCUAGACUCUUUUCCAAUCGAGAUUAUGUGUACGAGCGCAGAUGGGCUGUAGACAAAGACAAAGGAAUUGUGGUGAUUGUUAAUAAAGUAACGAACCAUCCAGAAGCGCCAACCAGACCUGACACGUACAGGGUAACUUCAUACUGGUCAUACAUGGUUAUAAAACCUUCUACUAAGUUCGACGAGCCAGGAAUAGAAUUCGGAAUGACUUAUUUUGAUGAUCCAGGCAUUAAUAUACCGUCAGCUGUAACAACAUGGGUUGCAAUGAGUGGUCUGCCAGAUUUUUUGUGCCGUAUGAGACAAGCUGCCAAAGAUUAUAAAAAGUACACUUCAGAAAAGUUAGGAGAAGUGCUAGCGGCCGAAGUUUCGAGUGUGAUCGAAGAAAAAGCGAAAGUUGAUAGCGGCGUCGAAAUAAUAUUAGGGGUGAGCGACGCAUCCGAAGUAAAUGAGGAAACGGCGAAGGAGAAAUCCCGCGUUGAAUCGGAAAUAAUAGGCAACCCGGUAGAACGAAACGAUGAGUACGAAGAUCAGGAGAUCGAGUCUGAAGAAGAGAUAAAAGAGUUCGAUGGAGACUGUGGCAGCAUGACGGAAGUGAAGUCUCAACAGGAACACGGUUAUUUGAGAUAUUUCUUUUUAACUAAAUUAUUCGCAUGACAAUUAUACACAUUUUCGCCGGGGGAUUUGAAUACCAACGGCGAGAAUGGAACGAGUACAACGAAUUUAGAAUCAAGCAAAUAUGCAUCGGACACAGAAGAACUGGUUUGAGAACACACUUUUUCUUGCUGACGGCGAAAACUCAUUUUCCUUUGCAAAAAAGCGCUCUAUGUUCUCACGUUUCGACUAGAGAAUUUGGAAUAGAAUUUUGUAGUAUAUUAUUGAACUCAACAUUUUGAGGCCUCCAGACGUAUAUUUUUUCAUUUUACAAAUUGUAAAAAAUGUAAUCAUAUGACAAUACAAUUCCAAGCGUUCGCGAAAUAAAAUCGCAUUCGAAAUUCCACUGCUCUAUGAAAACAGCUACAAAUCACCGACUCAAUUUUUGCAGACCUUCAUUUCAUUUUAAACGGUAAUAAAAUACAAUUUUUAUAUCAAAGCUUCAAUGUACUUUGAUGCUACAUUUUUUCCUGUAUAAGCGCUAGGAACUCUGAGUGCUCUUAAGGUCGCUUUGCAUAUAAUUUUUCUAUAGAAAAUUUGUGUACAAACGCAACGUAGAAUCACAAUGCAAAAGUCAUUAAAAUAUAAGUGUCAGUUAUUUAAGAUAACAGUACAAUGAUUUUACUGUUAUGUGAAAUGAAUAGAUUAUUCUCAACGGGGCAAAUUUAUAAAUCUUCUUUCAAACGUUCAAAAAACUGUGGGAAAUCUCAGUGAGCGUUGUGGAAUUUUCGAGCCCAAUAUUUCAUCUAAAAAUCCCCAUCCGGGGAUUUUUAGAUGAAAAUGAAACGGAAAAAUACUUCAAGUAUGGGAAGUUGUAUUAUGAAUUUGUCUCGACAAUAUCCAUCAAACAAUGAGCAUCGAAAUGCGCAGUAACAUUUAGUGUAUCAAGCAAAUAAAUAUAUCUGUAAAUUGAAUGAGAAAACGUAAUAAUAAUAAAAUAUGAACCUACCGAUGAUUAUUUGAAAAACUGCUUAUAGAUAGUUCAAUAUUUUGAAGUAUCGAAGAGGACAAAACUCUCAGCAAUGUCGUAUAUACUUGUGUACAAAAUAUACAAAUUUAGAUAUUCCUGUGAAUACGAAUAAAUAAUCGUAUGUCUUUACAAAUUGUAUUAUUAAUAAUGAAAUAUACAUUUUUACCAUGUCGAAA